AUGGCGCAGCUCAUCACUUUGGCAACAUGCUCUCUCAACCAGUGGGCACUGGACUGGGAGGGCAACCUUGCUCGAAUUCGCACAAGUAUCCUCAAAGCCAAAGAAGCCGGAGCUACAUUGCGAACUGGUCCUGAGCUGGAAAUAAGCGGUUAUGGAUGUCUUGACCACUUUCUGGAAUCCGACACUUAUGAUCAUUCCAUGGAUAUGCUAUCAAAAAUUCUGACGGAUACUUCUCUCCACGGCAUUCUACUUGAUAUAGGUUUACCGGUCAUGCACCGCGGAUGUCGAUAUAACUGUCGCGCAAUUAUUCUUGAUGGAAAGCUGCUGUGCCUCCGCCCCAAGAUAUAUCUAGCCAACGAUGGAAACUUUAGGGAAAACCGAUUCUUUACUCCCUGGAAUCGGCCUAGAUAUGUUGAAAAGUACAACCUUCCGCCUCAAAUCCAGCAACACCAAGGAACACGACAGAUCCCCAUCGGCGACGUCAUUUUAUCUCUUAAUGACACGACUCUUGCCGCUGAAACUUGUGAAGAACUCUUCACCCCUCAGGCGCCACACAUCAACAUGGGUCUAAACGGAGUUGAAAUAUUUACAAACAGCUCUGGGUCGCAUCAUAGCUUGCGAAAGCUCAACGAGCGGAUUUCUUUGAUCCAAGAGGCUACGCGGAAAAACGGUGGCAUCUACCUCUACGCAAACCAGUCAGGCUGUGAUGGCGAUCGUCUCCUCUACGAUGGCUGUUCAAUGAUUGUAGUCAACGGUGACAUUGUGGCUCAGGGCGCGCAAUUCAGCUUGCUAGAUGUUGAGGUGGUGACUGCGACAGUCGACCUCGAGGAAGUGCGAGCCUACCGCUUCGCCCCAUCUCGCAAUUUCCAAGCCGUGCAAGCACCAGUGUACGAGAGAAUAGAGGUUGACUUUACGCUCUCUCACGAUAACCUCAGAAUUCUUGAAGUCCCGACUCCCACAAUGCUCCCAAGAUACCAUCUUCCAGAGGAGGAAAUUGCUCUUGGUCCAGCAUGCUGGCUUUGGGAUUACUUACGACGAAGCAAAACUGCAGGCUAUCUGGUUCCUCUAUCAGGAGGUAUCGAUUCCUGCGCGACGGCUGUCAUCGUGUUUAGCAUGUGCCGACUCGUAGUCCAAGCCGUCAAGGAUGGCAAUCCAGAAGUAAUUGCAGACGUCAAAAGGCUCGCUGCGUUCUCUGAUAAAUUGCCUGAUACGCCUGAGGAAUUCUGUAAUCAGAUCUUCCAUACCGUCUUUAUGGGAAUGGCCGCUCAAAGCAGCAAAGAAACUCGACAACGUGCCAAGGAUCUUGCCAGCCGUAUUGGUAGCUACCAUACAGACAUGAACAUUGACGACACUUUCCACGCCACGAAGAACUUGCUCACGCAAGGCACAGGAUUUGAACCCAAGUUCAAAGUUCACGGAGGAUCAGUCGCUGAAAACUUGGCCUUACAAAAUAUCCAAAGUCGCUCUCGCAUGGUCAUCGCCUACUAUUAUGCGCAGAUGCUGCCGACCGUCCGGCAACGACCGGGAGGAGGCGGUCUACUGGUUCUUGGAUCCAGCAAUGUUGAUGAAUGCCUGCGAGGAUACCUCACAAAGUACGACUGCAGCUCCGCCGAUCUUAAUCCAAUCGGCUCUAUCAGCAAAUCUGACCUUAAACGCUUCAUUGCUUGGGCAAGUAAAAGCUUUGACAUGCCUAUUCUGGACGAGUUCAUCCACGCCAUUCCAACGGCUGAACUCGAGCCCAUUACCGAAACCUACGUACAAAGUGACGAAGCUGAUAUGGGCAUGACCUAUGACGAAUUAUCGCGCUUUGGUUCACUACGUAAGCAGAACAAGCUCGGACCAUAUGGCAUGUUCCUGAGACUCCUCAACGAAUGGGGCGGCGAAGGCAAAUUGAGCCCUCGCCAGAUCGCCGACAAAGUAAAAAGAUUCUUCUUUUUUUACUCCAUUAAUCGCCAUAAGAGCACGGUAGGUACACCGGCUUAUCACGCUGAAUCUUACUCCCAAGAUGAUCACAGAUUUGAUCUUCGCCCUUUCCUCUACCCUCCCACGUUCGAGAGCUGGUCAUUCAAGAAGAUUGACGAGAGGGUGGCGUCGUUGGAAAAGGCCCUGGAGCGGAAACAAGCCAAGGCAUAA